UAUACAAGGAAAUAUGAUUUAUGCUUAAUGUAUAAGUUUAUAAAUAUGUGUGUGUGAAUAUUGUAAGUUGCAAGGUUUGAACCUUUAGUCAACAUGUUCUUUUUUUUUAUUUGUCAAGUUCAGCAAUUUGAUUGGUUAAUUCAUGUUCUAAGCACUGUCCUUUUUUUUCUUCUGGUUCUCUUUCGAAAUUGUUAAAAGGAAGAGUAAGAUUUUAUAGACAUAAACAUGGAUAUUAUUAAGAAACAAAAGAACUAUAGAAAGAAGAAGAUUGAUGAAGACAGUCAAAUCGAGGUAAAAGCAGUAGAAACUAACACUGAUGACGUGAGUGCUACUAUUGAAGAGUUCCAUGAAAUACGCAAGCUACGUCGUAAACAAGCUGGGAUUGAUGCAGAAAAAUUAUCAAAAGGACUUGAGAAAAAGAUUAGAAAGAAAAAGCAGCAAGAAGGAUGGAAUGUUACAGCUGAACCCAAAUCAAAACUAGAAGAUGAUGAGUUUAGCACAAGUAAAAAACUAAAACUUGACUCAUUUACAACACAAACAAAUACACUUGAUGUUGAUAAACACAUGAUGGAGUAUAUAGAGACUGAAAUGAAAAAAAGAAGAGGAUAUACACCAGAAGACGAUGAAGAAGAUGAUGAUGAAAAGAAAAAGGGAUUUCAUGAUAUUUAUGAGGAAUUAUAUCGUAUUCCAGAUCGACUAAAAGGUGAACAAAAGGUGACAGAAAGUGAGGGCAAUGUACAACUGUCUUCUCAAAUGCUAACUGCUAUCCCUGAAGUGGACCUCGGCAUUGAUACCCGCUUACAGAAUAUUGAAGAGACUGAAAAGGCAAAACGUAGGCUAAUUGAUGAAACUCAAAAAUUAGAACAAGAAAAGAAGGACGAAGAACCUUUUGUUCCUGCUAACUUUGAAAAGCAGAUACAUCAUGAGUUUAGACCUAGACUAAAUCAAAGAUUAAUGGCAACAGACGAGCAAGCAGUUGCCAGAUUCAAGAAGAGAAUGAGAAAAUAGUCUUUUAAUAAUAAACUACUGUUUUUUAUUCUUUUUGUGAUAAUCUACACUCAAUGUGUCGUGACUUGCAGCCUAUUGAACUUGACAUGCCUAUACUUUUUUUUUUC